CCUAUUACAAGCCAGCUUGCUGCAUCUGGUGAGCACCGCCCUUGUUUGUGGUCACCUACUACGUGAGCGACUGUUCAUUGUUUCUGCACAUUAAGACUGAGAGUUAAAGUGUAUUUUCACGGAAUUCAUUCCAAUCUCCGGUGUGGAGAUCACUGGAGAAUAAAUAGCCUUUCUCUGCAGAUAUCGCCGCUGGCGUUGGAGUCGAUUCUUGUGUUUGCUGAAAGGAGUCUUGGUACAUCUCAGCUCCUAGCGCCAGGGGUUGUGUCGGUCCAGUGAGGUUCUGUGUCAGGGAGGAGCUCCAAGCAAGACCAUUCGUCCCAUCGCCAACGCUGCAAUCCCUUUACAGCUGUAGACGGUCGCUUCCUCGAUCGAUAUCGCCGCUGCCGUUGGAGUCGAUUCUUGUGUUUGCUGAAAGGAGUCUUGGUACAUCUCAGCUCCUAGCGCCGGGGGUUGUGUCGGUCCAGUGAGGUUCUGUGUCAGGGAGGAGCUCCAAGCAAGACCAUUUGUCCCAUUGCCAACGCUGCAAUCCCUUUACAGCUGUAGACGGUCGCUUCUUCGAUCGAUCACUGGAUUUUGUUGACUGUCCAUUUCCGGUUCAGUGAUGAGUGAGUGCUUGCAACUGGCCACUCUGGGCCGGCCUUUCCAGUUGGGAAUGCUGUACGACUGCCGAUCAGAUGCUCUGAUCCCAGGCAUCACCUUGUGGGACUUCCAGACACUGCAGAGCAACCUUGAUCGUCGUGACCAGCCCAGCACUGAGUUUCACAUCAUUGCAUCAGACUCCAUGGAGAAGAAAGCCAAUGCCCUCAAUGUGUCAGGGUCACUGAAAGCGAGUUUCCUGGGUGGGUUAGUAGAGGUGAAAGGGUCGGCAAAAUAUCUCAGAGACACAAAGGAAUCAGAGCAACAAGCACGAGUUACCCUUCAGUACAAAGCAACAACCAGGUUUGAACAACUGAUGAUGAGUCACUUAGGGAGACAGAAUAUUACCUACCCGAGUGUGUUUGAUGAGGGCUCAGCCACCCAUGUCAUUACAGCAGUGCUGUAUGGGGCCCAGGCCUUCUUUGUGUUUGAUCAAGUGGCUUCUUCAGCAGAGAACAUACAGAAUAUUCAGGGCAACAUGGAGGUGAUGAUUCAACUUCUUCCUCAGAUUGCGAUCGAGGGAGAGGCCUCCCUAGAAAUGACAGAAGAACAAAAGUCACAUGCCGAGAAAUUUAACUGCACCUUUUAUGGGGAUUUCUCACUGAAGAACAAUCCCACCACCUUCAAAGACGCCAUCAAUAUCUACGCAACACUUCCAAACCUCCUGGGUCCAGAUGGAGAACAUUCAGUGCCCAUCACAGUCUGGCUCUAUCCUCUCAAUAAACUCGACUCAAAAGCUGCCCAGUUGGUGAGGGAGAUCAGCGUGGGACUGGUCAAUCGCUGCCAGGAUGUCCUAGAACAGCUCAGUGAGGCCGCGAUGAGGUGCAAUGACCUGAUGAAAGACAGUGUCCCAGUUCAGUUUCCCGAGAUCGGGGACAGGAUACUUCAAUUCCAAGAGAUGUGUCUGCAGUAUAAACUGGUUUUCCAAAGGACCUUAGCCAGAGUUUUGCCGUCCAUUCGGGGCGGUGAGAAGGAGGAAGGGUUGCUGACGGACAUAUUGAAGAACAGGGAGCAGUCACCAUUUAAACACCAAGCACUGACCACAUGGCUGGAUGACAAGGAAUCGGAGAUGAUGGUUGUGGGACGUUGCCUCAGGAUAAUGAAAGACAUACCUGUUGUGAAAUCAAGGAGAGAGUUGCAUGAAGUGUUGAAGGGUCCAGUAACAGACUACGUGGUCUGCUUCACAUUCACAACACUGCAUCAGGAGGAUCUUUACCUGUCAGAGGCAAACAACUACCUCCAAUCUCCCACAGCUCAGAAAAUGGAGACACAACCUCCUGUUGAUGGAGCCUGUACAAAACGACAAAGUGACUCCUGGUUUAACUUGCCAUCUGUAUCCCAGCAGAUGAGGAAGACAUCAGGAUCAUUCCUGGACUUUGCCACCGCCAAUAUAGCAGAUGGGAAAAUAAAAUUUGCUGUUGGAUCUGUGAGGGAUGACAGCAACAUAGGAGCGUCAAUUUACCUGUAUGAUGGAGGAUGUCUGGAGAACCAGUGCUUUGUUCCUCUGUCACAGCCCGAGAUACCUACAUCUAGUAGAACAACACAUGACAGUGUGACUCUGCAGUUACAGCCUCCAACAUUUGGUGCCGGUGAGAUUGUGGGCUACAAGGUAGAGUACCGAGGUAGCCAGCAGGAGGAAUGGACAAUUCUGGAUACUCCUGAUCAAUGCCACUCCUUCACAAUACCUGGGUUACAGCCACACCAGGAGUAUCACUUCCGAUACAGAGCAGUGACCAAGGUAGGGGUCAGCAAGGCUAGUGAGAGCUACAAGAGCAUCACCCAGCCAGCAAGUCCACCUGGUAAUCCGGUCUUCCAGGAUUGUUCAUCCAGCCCAACACUGCACUCCACAACCAUCUAUCGAGUCCCCGUGUCUGCUGACUGUGGUGAAACAGGGUCUAGUGAAGCAAGAGCAGGUAGCUGA